CUGUUUGUCAUUUUCUUUCAUUAUUUGGUAAAUUAAAGCAUUUAACUGUCUGACUCGGCCAUAUCAUCAUCAUCAUCAUUCCCCCUUCUCCUCCCAAUCCGCUGUAUUAAUUGACCCGACGAGAGGAAACUCUUCAUUCUGGUAAAAGGAGGCUAUAAAGAGAGCCAGGAUAUUUGGCGCAUUAGAGCAGAAGUCAAAAUGGCUGAAGAAAAAUUCGAUAUAGACAUUGCAGCGCACAAUGAGAUGUAUACGCGGGUCGGUGUUGAGAAAUUAAAUAUUGAAAGAAGAAACCGAUUACCUUUUCAAGGUAUGCCACAGGAAAAUAGUUUACCAACGCCCUCUAGUGGAGAUGAAGAGGAGGUGGAUAAAUACGAAAAUAACUCUCCAAAAUGCAGGUACGAUUCUUCACACCUUUCCUUCGGGAUUGAUAGCAUCUUGAGACAGUCCGGAAAAAGACGCCAUGGAAAAGCCAGCGGAGAAAAUGAACAAAGUCAUGACGAAAAUGAUAGACAUGUUGUUAAAAAUAACAGUAAAAUUGACGAGGCCGCGUAUUCACGUGUGGGAGGAAUGGACUUAAGUUUGAAAUCUGAGCAAACAGAGGAUCAUAAAGUUCCGACACAAGAGACAUUUUACACGAUAGCAAACCAUCUGACAAUGUGGUCACUCCGAGAUAUCAACAAAGACAGAUUUGGUGUUAGGAGGAUAGGACAUCCCUACCAAAAUAGAACGCCACCGAAAAGGAAGAAACCCCGAACAUCUUUUACAAGACUACAGAUCAUGGAGCUGGAGAGACGAUUCGAGCAACAGAAAUACCUUGCAUCUUCCGAGCGAUCUUCUAUUGCUAAGUCUCUCAAAAUGUCUGAUUCUCAGGUGAAGACAUGGUUCCAAAAUAGACGCACAAAAUGGAGACGGCAGACGGCUGAGGAGAAGGAACUAGAGAGACAGGCAGCCAAUCGGUUAUUGCUUUCGUUAGGACGGUGUACACCAAAAGGACUUGUACUAGAGAAUGGCGUACAGUUAUAGACACUAAAGGAGAAUUUAAUCAUGACAUUAACCGGUUAUAACAAUGACAAUAACCGAAAUAACAGGACUAUUGCGAUUGGUGAUACAUUUGUUUUCAUACAUAAAUGAAUCAACUAAAUAUGAGAUGAUAACGGGGGAGUUUAUACCACCGUGUAUACAAUACAAAAUGAUGCAGAAGAAGCAGGUUAAUUUAUAUAAAAUAUUCGUCUAUUUUUAGGAGAAACGCCAGGUUUACUACGUUUCUGUCACAUUCUUUUUAUUUGAUGGAAACUAGCCAUACUAUACGGAGUGAUAUACACAAGGAUAUCAGCUGAGAUAUCCUGUAGGUAUUUACAUUGUAAAACUUGUACACAUCGUAUUUGAUACUCAACACUGAGACUAUUUAUCAGCGUAAAUAUCAUCAUUAUAUGGCUAUCUGAUUGGAUAAAAAUCUACAUUGUUUGUAUCAAGGCGAUAUGAGAGGAAUUGGUAUAUUUACCGGUGAAUAUAAUAAUUCUACGUUCAA